UCACUCCGCAGUGGGAGACAGUGUUAAUUAGCAUCGACCGAUCUCAGGUUCUCAACCUAAUCCUUAACUGCCCUCCCAGCACAAAACUACUCCUCCUUCCCUCCCCGUCCCUCUGACACCCCCGCCUUCCUCCUGCCUUCAUCGACGGUUUCGUCCUUGGGUUUCCCCCGAUUCAUUACAUCCUGCUGUUCCUGAAGGCCAAGUUGACGGCUGCUUCGGCCAAUCGAUUCUGGUUCAUCUGCGAGCGGAUUCUUGGGUGUCCUCUGCCUUGGUCGCCGUGGAUCGGCCAUGUUCGUCAAGAAGCUCGUGGAGAAGGCCUCCAAGAAGCAACACAGCGGCGGCAUCGGCGGGCUGCGCGCCGAGGACGUGAGCCCGCGGCUGGCCUUCCACUACGGCGUCCCCGCCGACGCCGCCCUCCUCGCCUACGACCCCCUCCUCCACGUCCUCGCCGUCGGCACCAGGAAUGGGCAGAUCAAGCUGUUCGGCCGCGACAACACGCAGGCGCUGCUCCAGUCCCCCUCCCCUAUCCCCUCCAAGUUCCUGCAGUUCGCCGAUGGCCAAGGGCUUCUCCUGAGCGUGAGCACUCAGAACCAGAUCGAGGUCUGGGACAUUGACACGAAGAGGCUGUGCUAUCUGCAUCCUUUUGAGAAGCAAAUAACCGCGUUUACAGUGCUGCAGAAGAGCUUCUACAUAUAUGCAGGAGACAGUUUUGGAAAUGUGUCCUUGUUGAAGCUUGACUCGGGUCAGCGGUGUCUAGUUGACCUGCCAUAUUGCAUUCCUUUUGCCGAAUCUUAUGGUUCCACGCCAAAUGGUGGUAAUGGGGUAGAAGUUGCAUUUGUGUCGCCGCAGCCUUUGGCUGAAUCUAACAGGUUGCUCAUUAUCUUCAGAGAUGGUGUCAUGACUUUAUGGGAUAUUAAGGCAAGCAAAGUGGUAUUCGUAUCCGGUAGAACUACGCAACAACAAUUGCACCAGGAGGAUAAAAAUGUGACAUCGUCAUGCUGGGCGUGUACCAAGGGAAGCAAAGUUGCUAUUGGAUAUGACAGUGGUGAUAUCUAUCUUUGGGCUGUUCCUGAUAUUUUCAGUGCAGAAAAUUCCUCAUCUUUGAGUAAUCAGAAUCUACCUAUUCAGAGGCUUAACCUUGGAUACAAGCUAGACAAGGUGCCAAUAGUCACUUUGAGGUGGGUACCUGGUGAUGGGAAGUCUGGACGUUUGUAUAUUAACGGAUUCAGCGAACAAGCAUACCUAUAUCAGGUCCUGAUUCUGAAUGAAGAGAGUGAAUCUCGAAUUGUAAAGAUGGUAUUACCCCUGACAGAAGCUUGUCAAGGAAUGGAGUUUGUUACAGGCCUUAGCGACCCAAAUAAGCAAAGACAAAGUGCUCUUGUUCUCUUGUUGAAAUCUGGUCAAAUCUGUUUAUACGAUGAUUCAGAAAUUGAGCGCUACCUCCUUCAAUCUCAGUCUAGAUCACCACCAACACUUCCAAGCCAUUCAUUUGUGAAACAGCCGUAUGGUGAUUCGGGCAUCAACGUUGCAAAGUUCUACACAAGUGACCGUACAAUAAUAACUAAUGAGGAUUAUUUUUCAUCAUUGGCCUCCAAAUAUCCAUGGCUGCUUUCAAUGAAGGAUAAAGGUCAGAUUUCUGCAAGUUUUAGCAACAUCCAUAAGACCAGGAAUCUUUAUAUAACUGGACAUAUGGAUGGAACCAUAAGCUUUUGGGAUGCAUCAUGUCCUCUUCUGCUGCAGAUUUUUAUGAUAAGGCAGCAGCAUGAAGACAAUACAUCAAGUGGAGCAUGUAUUACUUCAUUGCAGUUUGAUAUGCCCUCCAGUAUUCUUAUAUCUGGAGAUCAUAGUGGAACGGUCCGCAUAAUCACAUUCAGAAAGGACUCUAGCGGCAAUAUAUUAUCCUUUUUACAAGGAAAGCAAGGGGAUAACUAUGAUGCAAGAAGUAUAAAGCUCAAGGGAGCUGUAACCUCAACCUCUAUGAUCUCUAACUCGAAGCAUUUUGCUGUUGGGACAGAAAAAGGAAUUGUAUCAGUUAUCAAGGUAGAUGAUGCUACUAUAUUGUAUCAGAAACAGCUUGAGUGUCGUGUAUCUGGUGGAAUUGCUUCCUUGCAAUUUGAACUCUACAGCCACAAUGGGUACGAUAAGGAUCUUCUGAUAGUAGGAAUGGAAGAUUCUUCUAUUUGUAUUCUCGAGGAAGAAACUGGAAAACUUUUGAAUGCCAACCCAGUUCAGACAAACAGACCCACAAGAGCCCUUCUGUUGCAGACAUUGGAGUUAUCGUCAAAUGAAGCACCAGUAUCUGAUAACCAUGGUACGGCAUUGAAGGAAUCUUCCCUGUUGCUUUGCACGGAAGAUGCAAUCCGCUUAUUUUCCUUGAGCCAUGCGAUUCAGGGAAUGAAGAAGAUAACUAAUAAGAAAAAGUUAAAUGGUAGCUGUUGUUUUGCAUCUCUUAUCCAUAGUGCUUCUUCUGAAAUUGGAAUUGUACUAGUCUUCUCCAAUGGAAAAGUAGAAACAAGGUCCCUCCCAGAUUUAUCCUUGUUGAAGGAAGCCUCUUUACGAGGUUUUGUACAUUCAAAAAACUUGAAUUCCUCUAGUUCCAUAACAUGUUCAUCUGAUGGAGAAAUCAUCUUGAUUAAGGGGGAGGCGACAUAUUUUUUCUCUACUCUCUGCCAGGAUGACAUCUACAGGCAUGUAGACAAUAUUAAUAUGGUAUACAGAAAAGACCGCCCGCUCAGGGAAGAAUCUUCCUAUGUGGUGAAGUCUCCCAAAGAAAAGAAAAAGGGCUUAUUUGGGAUGAUUAUGAAAGACACUAAAGGGAGCAAGGCCAACGAGAGUGAUGAAAAUGGCAAUGGACAGUUCACCGCAACAACUUCUGAAGAACUGGCCUCAAUAUUUUCAUCGGCGAACUUCACUCCACCAUCUGCGAGAAGGAGCAGUUCACUGAAAGAUAAUGAAAAUAUUGAGCUAGACAUAGAUGAUAUCGACAUUGAAGAUAACACACAAAAGCAGAAAGGACCACACUUCCCAGGUCUAAGCAAACAGAAAUUCAGCAAGGGACUCCAGGCUCUUAGAGGAAAACUGAAGCCCAGAACAGAAGAAAAGGUGAAUACAGAAAAUAAGAAGCCUGAAGAUGAACCUUCAAUUAGACAAGUUGACCAGAUAAAGAUGAAGUAUGGAUAUGCAACAAGUGAUGACUCAACCAGUGUUCCAAAAAUGAUUGGAAACAAGCUGCAAGAGAACAUAAAAAAAUUGGAGGGCAUUAAUCUUCGGUCCGCAGAUAUGGCUCAUGGCGCUCAAUCCUUCUCAUCAAUGGCGAAAGAACUGCUCCGAACCACGAAGAACGAGAAGAGCUCAACGUAGCAACGGCAGCUAUAUCCAAUUGUAUAAAGUCCUCCUUUUUAUGUUUGUUUGAGAUGGCCAACUGCACUUGUUGUGCGGUCAGCUGUAGAUAAGAGUCCUCUACACUUCUUAAAAUGAUUUUGUUGGUAGCAAACAAAGGAUCAUAAGUACCUUACACCAUCAAUUGUUUCACUGCACAAAUUUGGAUUGUUUAAUACAUGGGCAAACUUAACGUA